AUGUGCUUAUUGUCCACUUGCCUCGCUUCUGACCAGUCGGUGCGUGGCCAAUCGGACCUCGGCGAAGUUGCCUUUGCCGAUUCGCCGGUCGAUGGUAUAGAACCCGAUAGUGUCCGGUUUGCAGUCCAUCAUCGCGUGUCGCCGGUAGUCUGUGGUGUGGUUCCGCAGUGCAGUUACGCCGCCCUGUUGCGGGGGACGGCGAUUGAACGUUCUGUGGUCCAGGCAAUACGCGACGCGAACGACGCGGCAUUGGUGCUACCGCCGAUGCUACGGCGAUAA